AUGGCUAUCUUGAGAUAUGUUCAACAACAAGCAUUUGCUGGGGAAAUAAGCACUCUCGAGAGAGGGCGUGGUGUGAAACUCAGCAGUCACAUCAAGAAGUUGGAUCCUGUCUUAGAGAAUGGGAUGCUGCGAGUAGGUGGACGGUUGAACAAGGCCAACAUGCCCGCAGAGAGAAGAAAUCCAAUCAUCCUGCCCAAAAACAGCCAUGUUUCAGAUAUAUUGUUGAGACAGAUACACGCCGACUUGAACCACAGUGGGAGAAACCACAUGUUAGCUCAUUUGAGAGAGAAAUACUGGUUGAUAAAUGCACCAUCAGCUGUCAGAAGGGUGAUUUCUAAGUGUGUUGGCUGCCGCCGACAAAGAGGACCAGUUGGUGAACAGAAGAUGGCCGACUUACCCCAAGACCGUGUCGUUCCUGAUGAACCUCCAUUUUCAAGAGUCGGCGUGGACUACUUCGGGCCUUUUGAAGUGAAAAUAAUCGCACAAUGUACAUUAUCAACACAACUCAUGAUCAUACUUCAACCAAAAACACACAAGUAG